AUGGAAACAGUGAGACUAUCGGGCAAUCCCAACGUAAAAAGGGGUCAGGGUAGUGUUGUAACCGACCUUGAUAUUCCAUCGGAGGCGAUCGUCUAUUUGCCAGAGAAGAAAUCGCUCUAUCGGAUUGUGAUUCACUCCACGAAUUUGGAAGAGUUCGAGUUGCUGGCGUUUAACUCGCGUGGUGAGUGGGACAAAAUCUAUGACCAGCGGAGUAACAAGAAUCCGAUCAUCGAUAUCCGCCUCAACAAAGCGGUUACGACAACGGGCAUUAAACUGAUCGUGCAUCGGACGACGGAGGAUGCGGCUCGGAGACGGGAGAACGUCCAGAUACGGCGCGAAAAUGUGGAAGUUGCAGAGGGACAGAUACGGCGUGGACGUUACCGUUAUCGCAUAACAGGACCGACAACGGCACUCGCGAAGAUUGCGGAGGUUGAGUUGUACGGCUACACGGAUUAG